AUGCAGUUCCGACUUGGAGACGAUGUAAUUCUUAAUGAUCAGCUAGAAAAACUCUUUUUAACUACUAGACAUGAUGUUAUGGUAUUAACAUUGAAACGUUUAAUUGAUGUGGCUAAAAGUCAAGGAAAACAUGUACCACCAUCGUUACAUUAUACAGAAAAAACCGGUCAUGACGGAGCAGGUUCAAUGUCUAUUUAUCGUUCAUCACAUAAUCCACAAGUGAAACCAAAUAUAUUCUUGAAGAUGUUUACGUCAUUAAGUUUGACAUCAUCAUUGACACAUAAUAUUCUAUAG